AUGUAUAGAGAGAUGGCAGAGGCGGGUGAAGACACCAUCCUUGACAUGGAAGACAAACUGGAGCUGGACAGGCAAAAAAAUUAUCGAAAAAUCAUUCAGAGAGCCUGGCGUGAGUACCUGCAGAGGCAGGACCCCCUGGAGAAGAGGAGCCCGUCCCCACCCUCUGUGUCCUCGGAGAAGCUGAGCAGCUCUGUCAGCAUGAACACCUUCUCAGACAGCAGCACACCCGUGAGUGCCAUGUUUCCUUUUUAUGGCCUGAUAGGCCAGUCAUUUGAUCAGCAGCCCCAUGAAAGGAAAGUGACUCUGCUCUACUUUGAUCAGCCUACCAGACCCACUGGGUUCAUACAUAUUCUCAGGGAGUUCCAGAUAGGAAGACUUAGUGUUACUACUCUCUGA